AUGUCCGCACCUACAGAAAUCCCUACAGAUCCCGAGUCUAUCAAGAAGCUCGAGAAGAAAAUCUCGACAGAGGCCAAAGCUGAGGAAAAGAAGUUGCAGUCAGCCUUCACGACCAUGCACCAGCAGGAGAGAUCAGAAGCCAAGGCUUCCAAGGCAAGGCUUUUAAUCCCAAAGCAUGUCAAGAAGUUAGAGAAGCAGGAGCUGGAGACCGUUAAAUCGCUCCAUUCCGCUACCCACAAACAUGAUCAAGCUGUUGCUGGCCUUCACCUUACACAGGCGGACCUUCAGACCCAACAACGGCAGUUAGAUAAGCUCAAGCGAAACGUCACGACUGUGCGACAACAGGUCGACCAGGUCACCAAGGAUAAACACGAUCAUGAUCGUGAACGUAGCGACAGACUAUCUCAGCUUCACUCAAGCCCGCCUCCCAAGGCUGGCGGUCUUAACGCGAGCACUUCAGGGGCCUCCGCUGGUAUAAGUCAGGAAAGGUCGUCGUGA